CUGCCAACGUCCACUUGGAUGAGAUUGUUUUCUGCUUUCGCUGCUGCUGCUCCAGAGACGACUAAAGAGGAGCGAAAUAUGCUCUGAACAAGCGGGGAAACUGCUUCACUUUCUUUGACUCCGAAUUUUUAAAAAAACAAAAAAAAAAGUUUGGGAGAAAGUGUAGAAAGAAAGAAAAAAGAAGAAAAACAAGCUGCGAGUCGUGCAGGUGGAACACGUUGCUGACCGGGGAACCACAUCACAGCGGACCAGAGCUUCUCGUCUCACCUGAGGCCGAGCACGAAGAGUGAAAAUGUCCCUGGAGACGUAUUCGGCGCUGGACGAGUCCGCCCUGCGAGCCCUGCUGGAUGGAACCGUGGACCUGGACGAGAGACGCCUCAUCCGUUCAGCCAUCCGGGAGCUGAGGAGGAGGGAGAUUGAGGACAUGGAGGCCGCUCUGGCCAGCAAGAGAUUUCGACCCACUCGCCUCAAUCAGCAGGAGGACAAAGAGAACCAGCACAGGUCUGAAUCGAGCAACAACUUGGACCUUCUGUCUCAAAAACUGCAAUCAAUCCGGGACAUUGAUGAGCUCACGAAAAUGCUCCGUGCAGCCAACGAGUAUGAAGAGAGGAAGAUGAUCCGAGCAACCAUCCGACAAAUCCGAGAAGAACAGCAGCAAGGGACCGUGGAUCUGGGUAAAACUUCGGGUCGCUGCCUGGAGCCUGAGAGCGUGGAGCCCCAGAGCAGCAUGGGAACUGUGGAGACCGAGCGAGAGAGUCACAGUGAGCGUAUCAGAUCUCAGAUCCAGGAGCUGCGCAGCCAGCAGACACAACAAAGCAGAGAGCGGCAGAGAAUAGGGUCCAACUCAGGCAUGGUGUUGGUUCUUGAUCAGCUGGUAAAGGACGAUGGCUCCGGACCGCUGUUGAUCCAGCCUCAGCGAGACGCUGUGCCCACAGAGCCUGACCUGGUUCUGUCUCAGCGUCAGAGGUCCGACUCCUCGGCUUCAGACGGCAGCGUGACCAGAUCCAAUAUGGAUUCUGUGAGCUCAGAGAAGAGUCUGGGCUCAGCCUUUAGAGCCCGGCUGGACUCUGGAGCCUCCGACAAGAGCCAGAGUUCCUCCCAGCGUGGUCGGCUAGACUCUGGUGCAUCAGAGCGAAGCAUCAGCUCCCAGUCUUACAUGAGACAGAGACUGGGCUCAGAUGUCUCUGAUUCAGUCAGACCCCGUCUCGGCUCUGGGGCUUCAGACAGCAUGUUGUCUAGGAAACGGACGGACUCUGCGACAUCUGACCAGAGUGUGAGUAUGUCCUCUGAGGAGAGGGGUCCAGCGGAGGAGGCGGAGGUAGCCACGAGUGGCUCAACUUACAGCACAGAUUCAGAAAGCGAGAGCAGAAGCCAAGAUCCAGUCAGCAUCCAGGCUGAGUCUAACCAGGACCAGACGGCUGACCAGGAGCAGCCUGAUGGGGCUGUUUUAUCUCGGAGAGAACCUGCAAAUGGGCUGCUCAAUGGCAGCGCCAAGGGAAAAACUGAGUUCCAGAAACAAAAGAUAACUGUUAACAACGACCUGUCCCUCACUCAUGGAAAAGCAAAGAAUUCUGCACCUGAAAAGAAAGAUGUUGUAUUGGAACAGUUCAGCCGCACCAACUCUGUCCGCGAUCGAAUGCGCAAGUUCACAGAACCCCAGAGCCCAAGUGUCCCGGCUUUGAAGAAAACCCCUCUGAGGAACGGCACCAGCGGCCCGUCAAAUUUCUCCAGAGCUGCCGAGCUGUUUACACACACAGCAGCAUCCCUCAGCACAUCUGGAGACAGGCCAGGCAGGCCUCGUGUGGACUCCACAUCCAUCACCUCCGCUGCAUCCCAGAGUCAGGCCACACCUCAGCCAAGAGGCGUGGCCAGCAAACCUCUGUCUUCAGCCAACCAAUCGCAGAACUCCAUGGGUGGGACGAGACAUCCAGCUGAAAAAGAUGUGCACGCCUCCAGUAACUCAAAGGAAGACAGGACCCCAGGGAGAGCAGCUGGAACAAAGGUCACCCAGGGAGAGGCAGACCCGGACAUGAAGACUUUCCUCACCAUUGAGAUCAAGGAUGGGCGCACCACCACCAGCUCGUCUACAUCGGCCCCCAGAGGCAACAUCGUACCCAUCACCACCAUGACCCCGCGCAUCAGCACCAAUGCUCUGGGGCAAAGACAAGAGUUGACCCUCGGUCUAAGAGCAACGCCCUUCAAGCUCUCCUCAUCCAGUAUCACCUCUGGACCCUCCAUCAAGAUGGAGACGGAGCCCGUCGUUGCCUCCGAGCCAGUGUUUUCAGCGGGAUCGUCGGUCCAGGUGGCGUGUCACGUCCCAGCCAUCCCCAAUGGCUCCAGCACUCAGGCCAAAGUCGUCGACUGCUCCGGAAAACUGACCGCCGAGCAGCUGGCUGCGAUCGAGGACGAAGAGCUCCUUGACAAAAUGCUCGAUGAGUCCAAAGACUUUGAGGAGAGAAAGAUGAUCCGUGCAGCCAUGAGAGACCUUCGCAAGAAAAAGAGAGAGGCCAUGCUGGGAUGUACUCAAGAGGAAAUAGACCAGAGAGAAAAGGAGCGCGAGACCCGUCUGCAGGAGCUCCGGCAGCAGAGAGAAGAGCGAACGCAGAAAGGUCGUGCUGGGGCCGGAGCCGGAGAGGUGGUGAUGAGGAAGGUGGAGAAGUCGGCAGAUGGCUCGACCCUCAGCCAAGUCACCAAGACAGACCGCUUCGCCCAGUCUGAUGAUGGGAGCAGAUCAACACGCAGCACUGUUGUCGAGGCCAGUUAUGUGACGAAAACAGACAGGGGCACAGUUCAGUCAAAAUCAUACAGCUACACCUCCUCCUCCUCCUCAAACACAAGCAAAAAAGUGGGCAGCGUGUUUGAUCGCGAGGAUGACACCUCGUCUCGGAGUGGCAGCAGUGGGUUGGCCGCUGUGGAGCGACGGCAGGCGGAGAGGCGUAAGGAGCUGAUGAGGGCUCAGACGCUGCCAAAGACCUCUGCCAUGCAGGCUCGCAAGGCCAUGAUAGAGAAGCUGGAGAAGGAAGGAGGCGGCCCUGGAAAUCAGGCAGUGGCUAAGGUAAACAAGGUUCAGCGCUCCACCAGCUUUGGUGUACCCAAUGCAAACUCCAUCAAGCAGAUGCUGCUCGACUGGUGUCGCGCCAAGACCCGCUCAUAUGAGCAUGUGGACAUUCAGAAUUUUUCAUCCAGCUGGAGCAACGGCAUGGCAUUUUGUGCCCUGGUGCACAAUUUCUUCCCCGAUGCCUUUGACUAUGACUCGCUGAGCCCCAGCAACCGCAGGCAAAACUUUGAGGUGGCCUUCAGCGCUGCAGAGACCCACGCCAACUGCAUGCCUUUGCUGGAAGUGGAGGACAUGAUGAUCAUGGGUAAUAAACCCGACUCCAAAUGCGUCUUCACCUACGUACAGUCUCUGGUCAACCACCUGCGCAGAUACGAGAUGUCCAUGGGUCGACCCUGUGACCUCUGACCUGUGUUCGGUGUGCGUUCAGGCUCCACGUGGCGUCAGUUCUCCUCUUUUCACAAGCUGGGUCGAAUAGUUGCACAUCUCUGAUGGACAAAGUGGGGAUUGUGUGUGUGUGUGUGUUUGUGUCAGUUUGCUUAGUAUCUUUGUCGGCAGUGGUGACGUGUAUCGAUUAUUUCAGUUCUCAUCUGGACACUGUUAACACAAACUCUACCUUUCUCCAGAAAGAGAGCGCCAAAGUGUUUUAAAAGACCUUUAAAAGUUUCGAGUUUGUACUUUUUUAAAGUCCACUUUGUUAUUUUCCACCUAUAGUAGCUGUGUCACUUUUCUACCGUGGUGAACAGUUUAAAACAUAAAAGGAGCUUUUUUUUUUAUAUAGCAUUUUCCCUUUCAAAGUAUUUGUACCUACAUUUUUAUCUUCUACACUUUUGUAAUUACUGUAAUAUGCUGGCACUUCUUUUGGUGUUUCCAUCCAUCCAUCCAUUGUCUAUAUACCACUUAAUCCUCACGAGGGUCGCGUUGGGGCCUGGAGCCUAUCCC